GGUACUUGCAUGCACAGGUAUUCGUAAUAUUCCAGCUGAUCAUAAUGGCAGAACAACAACAGAUAGCUCAAACCAACGUCUCGGCAAAAACAUUUUUUGAUCGAGAGAAGUUUUAUGAACCAGUGCCAGAGAACGGAGAAAUUGCUUUAGCCAUAUUCCUGGAGAAAACUAAGGAGAUUACCUUGGUGUUUGAACACUUUGGAGCAGUUUUUUCACCAGUUAAAUCAGAUAUGGAGAAUAACAUUAAGAAAAUAUUAGCAGCUUUGAAAAAUCCUAAGGGAGGAGAAUACAAAACUAUACAAGAACUGAUAACAGAUGAAAUGGCUAGGGGUGUUUAUAAAGAUGGUAGUUCUGGUACUGUUGCUGGAGUGUGGUUGGGAAGGGGCUUAAAGUUUAUGUACUUGUUUUUUGAGCAACUUGUCUUGGCUCAUAAGAAUGGAAAUAUGACAGAAAGUAACACAGAAUUCGUCAAGAUUGCAUACGCAGGUGCCCUAAAGGAACACCACAAUUUUGUGUCCAGAGGUGUAUUCAGUGUGGUUUGUCAUGGUGCACCAUAUAGGAGUGACUUGUGUAAGAGGUUAAUGAGAUCUAAAGUCCCAGAUGACGUGGAUGCCAAAGAAAUCAACAAUCUGGUAUUAACUGACAUGGAAGAGUAUCUGAAGAACCUGAAGGAAACAACAGACACUUGGAACAGUCAGUGUAUGGAAAUCCUACAGGACAAGUACAAGCGUCUAUAGCCUAUCUCUAUAGAAAUCAUGGUUAGUGCGGCCCUAGACGAAUUCGUUGAUGGGGAUGGGCAUUUCAAGGCCACUGUCCUAGCCUAUAUGAAAGCUUUUGAGGAGAGAGGGGUUGACAAGCUUUGAUGGAGAAUAGGAGGCUGAUUUUGCUCAGUUUAUUUUUUCUUCGUAGUACUUCUAUAAUCACAGAAAUCUGGACAUUUAUCUUCCUGGAAUCUCUGUCAUUUUAUAUUCCAUCUGUGGUAUCAUUGUUUAGGAAAGGAAGAUCAGGCAUAUCUAUGUGUUAACAGUAGCUACAUAAAAACAGGGCAUUAUUUUACCAGAUACUGGUGAGCCAGGGUACAGGUUUCAACAUGGUGUGAUCUAAGGUACGGGUAGAAAGAAAAUGGGUAUGUGUGACGAGUAUGUAUAUUACUAAUAAAACCCAGUAGGGUAAAUAAUACCAGUAACACUAAAACUCGGCAAACUGGGACCAAAUAGAGUAUGGCUGUAGGUGUGUUAAUUUGUCUUGUGAGAUAACACUGUUUAUUGCAUUUUUGCUAGUGAAAUAUAAUUUAUCAAAGUGAUUAAACUUAUGUUUUCACUGCAGUGAUGAUUAGUGAAAAUUGUAUUUGAACAAUCAGAGCAAAACUUUGUAUUCACCUCAUAGAAACAAUUUUUCAAUUGAAUCGAAGAAUAUAUAAAUGGGUUAGUUUGCUGUAUUUCAGAAAUAUUCAGUCAAGUGUUGGUUAAAAUACUCACCUGACCUUAGUUUUUUUAUGCAGAAUCUCUGUUACAACAGAAAACACUAAUAUUGUGUUGAUCAGACCUUUCAAAAUAGCGCUAUCUAGUUCAGUAAUAUCACAGAAAAUGACGUCAGGAGUUAUAUGUUACUGAUUCCUGCACUUUUUUACAGAAUAUUCUAAAUUUUUCAUUCGUGCUUAGCAUAUAUGUUAUAUUCAAUGGGAAAUUAUUCAAUAUCCUCUAUAUAUUGAUACUAUAGACCUGUACAUAUGAAGAUAAUCUCCCCCCCCCCCCCCCCCCCCUCUCUCUCUCCACACCCUCAUUUCCAUCAUCCAGUCGUUGUGUCACUAUAUAAAUGAAUAUAAUUUCUACAAAGAUUAAGUUAUUCUAUAGAUCUGUAUUAUUAAGUAUGUUAUCAACAUAACAUGAAUAUAGAUCAUAAUGCAAUAAAUAUGUUGCCUUUUCUCAAAGAUGAAAAAGAAUCUGAAUGUUACAGGUGUAUAUAUUUUAUUUUGUGAGCGUGUUUUAUAAUAUGUCACUAGAAGUCAUACUACCAGUAUGUUUUUAUCCUGAUGAUUUCUGAUUGUGGUGAAAAUAUAGAUAAAUCAUAUCCACAAUUUGUUCCACUCAGUCCAAACCUAGCAAUUAGUUAUGAUUAUUGCCAUUUGGUCCUUAGAAAAAA